GGGAGAAUAGACUGGGGACUUUACAUAGCAUCCUACUGAUGUGAUUCAUAUUGUUAGAUGAUAUCCAUGUGUUGACUCGUCGCGUUAUGUAGUGGCGUUGGGAUUGUUACCUGUUUGACUUGGGUUGUUUCCAGCAUUUGUCGUUGGUUUUGUUUGUUUUGUAUUGUCGUUUGACGCGAUGUUGGGCCUGUCGUGGUGCUUAUUCUAGGUGAAGUCACUCCCAAGAAAUGUAGCUUGUGGCUACAGCACUGGUAGAGCUGUCACUUAAGGUGUUGCUGUGUGAACGAUGCAUGAGCGAUGUCUGAUGUUGAGGCCACGUACGCUGACUUCAUCGCCUCUGGCAGGACGGGACGCAGGAACGCCAUGCACGACAUUCUGCAGAGUCCCAGCGACCCUGAUGGGCGAGAACUGCCCCUCACCCUGUCUCUGUCCCAGCUGCACAUCAACGCAGGAGGGGGAGAUGGAGACGAUGCUGAGGACAGCCAGAGCUCUUCGUCCUCGUCCCACAGGGAGCUGGGGCAGAGGAACAGCUAACCUGUCACACACUGCUGCCAGUGGACAGAGAGCUGCCAGAUGGAAUCCAGCCGCCAUUGUGACAAAGCCUUUUGUUCAAAGUGGGCUGGUAGCUGGAGGCUAGUGCACCACUGCUGAGGUGCCUAAAAGCAGGGCACUGACCCCCUCAUCCUUCCUUCGAGGCGCUGUGCUGCGAUGUGACCACCCAGUGCUCUCAUGUCCCUGUGGCUCUGCUGUGCACUACAAUAACACACUGUUGGCAGGCCUGUAUUUCAGAGUUGGAGUGAGCAGAGAGACAAAUGUGUAGCUCAUGUACAGCUGAUUUUACUUUCAGUCUUAGUUACUAAACACGCAGGCUGGAGGAUAGGAACGAAAAGAGAAAAUAGACAGAGAUCUUAUGUGUAGUUGUGCAAGCAAUUUGUAAGACCACUGAGACGUGCUGAUGUAAUGGGUCACAGUGGGAGUAGCAUGUUUGUAGUGAUGCUGAUAGAGAUUAUAUUGCCAGUUAAUGGCCUGUGCUUCCUCUAAAUUGACAAUACCGUGGAGGGAAUUGGACUACUUAGUUGGAGUAGUUGGGAAACACCAUGGACAAAAAAACUGGGGCUUACUUCAUCUGUUGAAAAAAUAUUCACUGAUUCUAUUGUGUUUGAUGGGACAAAAUCCAGUAAUAUCCUGUAUGUGAAAUUGUUUUUUACUGUAGAAAGCAGAAUAUGGAUGGUGGUGUGAAAGUGUUCUGUUAAACAACAAUACUUAAUAUACAUUUCCAGUCAAUACAGUAUGGAUGACAUGUUUUAUUCAGACUCAGUGGUUGAACAUGAUGAUGAUGUACUAUCUUUUCAAAUGUUUAUAUUUUUGGUUACUUUUUUUAAUGAUGCCAUUAUAAUCAAAACCUUAAAGUUUGACAUUUUGGGAAAUACGCUUUUUCUAUUUCUUGCUGAGAGUUAGAUAAGCGGAUUGAUGCUGGUCGUGUAGGCUACAUGCUAAAUAUGUAGCUGCAAGGUUAGCUUGGCUAAGGAUACAUAGUGGAUACAGAGAAACAGCUAGCCUAUCUUUCUCCAGAGGAUCAAUAACUAUCAGCCCCUCUAAAGUUCACUAACUAACAUAUUAUAUCAUGUUUGUAUAACUGGUACGAAAACUGACGUUUGAAAGCGAAAACCAGUUGCCGGGCUACCAGCAGAGACUCAAGGAAGUUAGCCAUGUUUUUUCACCACAGAUUGUGUACAGAAUACAUGAAUAUUAUUAGUGAGCUUAAGAGGUGCUGGUGGGCAUAUGUUGUUACGUUAAGACUGAUCUUUCCCCUUGUUCCCAGUUGUCAUGCUAAGCUAAGCUAAAAGUUGUGGUAUCAAAAUGAAUGUCCAUUUUUCCGGACCUUUGAGCUGUUACCUACUAUAUAUAACAUUGCUGAAGUGUUAGGGACACUUUUUGUUGUUUUGUUUUCUCUCUACAAUCUAGACUCUAGAUAAAUAGUUAAUCUAGUUAGCUACGCUACGCUAAGCUAAAUCUUUCGAGCUACAUUUUUAGCAUUCAGACAUGAAAGAGGUAUCUAUCUUCUUGUCUUACUCUCAGCAGUAAAGUGAAUACAUUUUUCUCAAACUAUUAAACUAUUCGAUAAAUGUAGAUAUGCAAUACUCAGUGGAGCUUCCAGUUAUUGUAACAUGUUUGUGUGAAAGUUUUUAUCUCUGACAUUGAGGCUGCAUUGCUGCUUCUAAUAAUGGAUGCAUCCCAUAAUCAUCAUUUGUAAAGACCAUCAUGCAUGCACUGUUAAAACUGUGUACUUUGUUAUUUUCUAGUAUAAUCUUACUGUAAUACUGCAGCUUGACUGCGUCUCGUUCUUAUUCACGCUGAAGAUCAUAAAGCAAAUAUAACUCUUUUUUAAAUAUUACUUAUUCAAUCAGGUUUUCAAGUUGUAAACUGCCAUGUGACUAUAAUGACUCCCACCCGCUUUCACAACGCUGUAUAUCCUAAACCACACUGUUUAUAACUCAGCAUGUAGAGUUAAAACAGUUGCAUGAUCUGUGUAGGUGUUUCUCGGACUGUCUAUAACCAUAUUUUCUACUCUCUGUGACAAAACAAAAAUAAAUAACUGAUGGCAGUAAAAGGGAAA